AUGAAUGCCACUAGUUUAUAUGUUUCUACGUGUCGAUUAAUAAUCUUAGCUGACGCAGCAGAUAAGUCGUCGUGGACUGAUUUAUUUCGUUUAGUUCCUUAUUUACGACAAUCUUUAUCUUGUACAGUGUGUGGAAACUUAUUAAAAGAACCUUAUACGCCAACAAGCGCCAGCUGCCAACAUCAUGUUUGCAAAAAAUGUAAAGGUGGACGGAAAAAGCUAAAACCUUCUUGUAGUUGGUGUAAAGAUUAUGAAAGUUAUGGUGAGAACUUGCAAUUACGCAUCCUCCUGCAGUGUUACAAGAAAUUGUGCGAGUAUUUUAUGGGUACAGACGUGUACAAGACGUUGUUGGAUGAAGACGAAAUUGCCGCAGGCGUAAACGGUGGCACUGUUGCCAGUUCAGGGUUAAUUGACUUAAUACAAGAAGGUGCUGGUUUUUCUGAUGACUACAAAAGCACAGCAGGUCUGUCGAAGUCGGCGUACAGCAUUCUCCCGUGCGUGUACACUAACUCUGCAGGCACACAAACCCAUGCUGCAUCAAGUUCACACAACUCGGAUAGCAGGUCAUCCAAAGGCUCACCAAACUCUAGAUCAACAUCAAAUGGGUCUCCAUUAUACUCAGUUAUGUAUGCAGGCUCUGGAAAUAAAAUUACUAUUAAAAGAAAAAAUGUUGAUGACUUAGAUGCACAUGAAUCAGGGUCGAGUCGGGAAAGUAAAUCAAGCCAAUUAGGUUUUAAGAAACCCUCGAACAGGUCUCGUAGUUCAGCUAGCAGUAAGAGAAAAGGUUGCAGAUGUGGUAAUGCCACAGCCACUCCGGGAAAACUAACAUGUUGUGGGCAGCGGUGUCCAUGUUAUGUAGAGAGUAAGCCAUGCACAGAGUGCAAGUGUAAAGGAUGUAGAAAUCCUCACAGACCUGAUGGGAUGAAGUACGGCCACAUAUACCUCAGUUAGACAAUAUACAGCUUACACUCAAUACAAAUCCUGAUACUUCACCAUCAUGUUCUGGAUCUCUGGACAGCCUGGAUACUGACACUCUCACCAUGGAGGCUAUGGAGGAAUCUCUCAAUUAUUCUGCUGAUUUCAAGUCUUCCAAUAUCAAAGUGUACACAAGUCAGUUACAAGAAGUGUCUCCAUCACUACCAGCCACUAUAAUGAUGGAUGAAGAGUUUGCCGGCUCAGGGGAGGAGGAACUGAGUUCGCCGCACGAGUACACACUCGCCUCUCCAACUGAUAUGCACGAUAUGAAUGACAUGCAGGAGAUGCAUGAUAUGCACGAUAUGCACGACAUGCACGAUAUGCACGAAAUGCAGGACAUGCAUGAAAUGCACGACAUGACGAUAUGCAAGACUUGGACGAGCAGGAGCAGUCGCCGCAGUCGCCGGCGUCGCAAGAUGAACAGCGACAUCGAGGUGGACGUAUGA